CUCUUGACGAAGCUAUAUUUGAACAAUGGGAUCAAGAAAACAAAUUGUUUUUUUCGACAAACGCUUGCAAAGCUGUUGAAGAAAAAACAAAGAACCAGAAUCUGGUGAUUGUAACUGGACAUUCGGGUUCUGGAAAGUCAGCCAUCAUUCAACAUGUUGCACUUAAAUACAGGAAAGAAGGCUGGACUGUGAAACGAAUAAAAGAUAUCGAGGAUAUAGCGAAUGCCCCUUUCAUAGGAAACAACUUAACAAAUACCCUGUUUGUUUUUAACGACCCACUUGGCAAAGAAUCGUUGGAUGAAAUAUUGUAUAAUAAAUGGCAAAGAUAUGAAGAAGCAUUUCCAGCUUAUCUGAAAGGAGCCAAACUUUUGAUGUCGUGUAGAAAAAUUAUUUUUUCUGAUAAAAAGGUAAAGGGACUUUUUCGUGAUAUGUCAAACAUUGUAGACAUCAAUAUUGACACAUUCAAACUAAACGAGGAUGAGAGAAGAAGCAUUUUAAAAAAGUACAAAAUUGAUGAGAAAUUAUCUGAAGAAGAUUGUACCGAAAUUGUUAAAAUAGAAGAGUAUUUUCCGUUAUUAUGUAAAUUGUAUUCUGAAAAAAAUGAAUGCAAUACGAAGAAAGGAUUAACAUUUUUUAAAGAACCUGAUAAAGUUUUAGCAGAAGAAAUAAGAGGGCUCAGAAAUACAAAGAAAGAAAAAUACUGUGCUUUGAUUCUUCUUAUUCUUUUUAACAAUGAUCUCCGCAUUGAUGAUAUAUCAGGAAACAAAGUAGGAGUAGAAAAAUAUGAACAUGCGUUGAAACGUUGUGGACUGCAGAAAGAUACGGCAGCUUAUUUGAUUAGGGACGAACUUGAAUCACUCAUAGGAUUUUUGGUAAAAAAAAUUGAAGACACCUAUCAGUUUUAUCACGACUUUGUGAUGGAAAUUACUACUUUUAUAGUUGGAUCAGAUUAUCCUCAGACUGUCAUAAAAUAUGCCGAUAUUGGUUUUCUCCGGACACGAGUAAGAUACGAUAAAGAAAACGAGACCCCUGAUAAGUUCACUAUAUAUCUUAGUGAGCGGCACAUCAAUAAGCUUGGGUAUAGGCUUUUUUCUGACAUUUUCGGAGAGCGACUUUUAGAUGUAGUCCUCAAUCCAUGUUUACAAAGCGAAAAUGUGAAGAGGGUAUUUGAAGAAAAACUCAAAAAUAAUUCAGAAAAGCAACAAAUGUUGCUGAAGAAAAUAGGACUUCAAACUGAUAAACAGAAACUUCAUCUAACAUCAAACAAUUUGAAUUUGUCCAAACUUGCAUUCGCGCAUUUGGAAAAUGAAGUUUCAUGCCUCUUUGCUUUGAUUGUAUUUAGUCACACAGAUUUAUCGUUACAUUGUCUUAAAAUUUUACAAGAAAAACAAGUCAAUUUAACAGGCUGUUCUUUGUUCCCGGCGGUGUGCUGUAAUGGUUCAGUAGAAUUGUUUAAUUGGUUUCUGAAAAACAAUAAUGGAUGUUUGACGGAAAAAUGGGGAGGUCUCUCCCCUAUUCACAUUGUAACUGUGUUCCAUAAUUCUGAAAUUCUCAAACCGUUGAUUAUAAAUACCACUAUCGACGUUAAUUUGAUGAUUGACAAAAUCAAAGAACCUAAUACUUCAAUUAUACCAAAUGAAAAGGAUACAAAAAUAAACACAGGUCACAAAACAAAUUCAAGUAGAAAGCAGGACAACAAUAGACAACUCUUAAUAAGUACUAAAGAAGACAUAAAUCCAUGUUUAAAAGAUGAAAUCACUUCUCUUUGUAUUGCUUCUUUUGAUGGAUGUGAUAGCAUUGUACAAAUUUUACUGAAUUGUGGAGCAGAAAUUAAUCUAUGUGAAGAAGACGGAAUCAGUCCUCUGCAUGUAGCUUGUCAAAACGGACAUAAUAGUACAGUACGACUGUUACUGAAAAAUAAAGCAAACAUUAACUUGUGCAAAGGGAGAGGAGCAAGUCCACUUUACAUGGCUUGUCAAAACGGACAUGAUAGCACAGUACAACUGUUACUGAGUAAUAGUGCAGACAUUAAUUUAUGCAAGACAAACGGUGUCGGUCCUCUCUAUAUAGCUUGUCAAAACGGACAUGAAAGCACAGUACAACUGUUACUGAGUAAUGGAGCAAACAUUAAUUUAUGCAUGGAGGAGGGAACCAGUCCUCUUACUGGGGCUUGUUUUGACGGACAUGAAAGCACAGUACAACUGUUACUGAGUAAUGGAGCAGACAUUAAUUUAUGCAAGACAAACGGUGCCGGUCCUCUCUAUAUAGCUUGUCAAAACGGACAUGAAAGCACAGUACAACUGUUACUGAGUAAUGGAGCAGACAUUAAUUUAUGCAACACAAACGGUGCCGGUCCUCUCUAUAUAGCUUGUCAAAACGGACAUGAAAGCACAGUACAACUGUUACUGAGUAAUGGAGCAGACAUUAAUUUAUGCAACACAAACGGUGCCGGUCCUCUCUUUAUAGCUUGUCAAAACGGACAUGAAAGCACAGUACAACUGUUACUGAGUAAUGGAGCAGACAUUAAUUUAUGCAACACAAACGGUGCCGGUCCUCUCUAUAUAGCUUGUCAAAACGGACAUGAAAGCACAGUACAACUGUUACUGAGUAAUGGAGCAGACAUUAAUUUAUGCGUGGAGGACGGAACCAGUCCUCUUACUUGGGCUUGUUUUGACGGACAUGAAAGCACAGUACAACUGUUACUGAGUAAUGGAGCAGACAUUAAUUUAUGCAACACAGACGGCGCCGGUCCUCUCUUUAUAGCUUGUCAAAACGGACAUGAAAGCACAGUACAACUGUUACUGAGUAAUGGAGCAGACAUUAAUUUAUGCAACACAAACGGUGCCGGUCCUCUCUUUAUAGCUUGUGAAAACGGACAUGAAAGCACAGUACAACUGUUACUGAGUAAUGGAGCAGACAUUAAUUUAUGCAACACAAACGGUGCCGGUCCUCUCUAUAUAGCUUGUCAAAACGGACAUGAAAGCACAGUACAACUGUUACUGAGUAAUGGAGCAAACAUUAAUUUAUGCAUGGAGGACGGAACCAGUCCUCUUAUUGGGGCUUGUUUUGACGGACAUGAAUGCACAGUACAACUUUUACUGAGUAAUGGAGCAGACAUUAAUUUAUGUGAAGAGGACGGAAUCAGUCCUCUCCAUGUAGCUUGUCAAAACGGACAUGAUAGCACAGUACAACUGUUACUGAGUAAUGGAGCAGACAUUAAUUUAUGCAAGAAAAACGGUGCCGGUCCUCUCUUUAUAGCUUGUCAAAACGGACAUGAAAGCACAGUACAACUGUUACUGAGUAAUGGAGCAAACAUUAAUUUAUGCAUGGAGGACGGAACCAGUCCUCUUAUUGGGGCUUGUUUUGACGGACAUGAAAGCACAGUACAACUGUUACUGAGUAAUGGAGCAGACAUUAAUUUAUGUGAAGAGGACGGAAUCAGUCCUCUCCAUGUAGCUUGUCAAAACGGACUUGAAAGCACAGUACAACUGUUACUGAGUAAUGGAGCAGACAUUAAUUUAUGCAAGAAAAACGGUGCCGGUCCUCUCUAUAUUGCUAGUCAAAACGGAUAUGAAAGCACAGUACAACUGUUACUGAGUUAUGGAGCAAACAUUAAUUCAUGUGAAGAAGAAGGAGCAAGUCCUCUCUAUAUAGCUAGUCAAAACGGACAUGAAAGCACAGUACAACUGUUACUGAGUAAUAGUGCAGACAUUAAUUUAUGCAACACAAACGGUGCCGGUCCUCUCUAUAUAGCUUGUCAAAACGGACAUGAAAGCACAGUACAACUGUUACUGAGUAAUGGAGCAGACAUUAAUUUAUGCAAGACAAACGGUGUCGGUCCUCUCUAUAUAGCUUGUCAAAACGGACAUGAUAGCACAGUACAACUGUUACUAAGUAAUGGAGCAGACAUUAAUUUAUGUUUGAAAGACAAAGUUAGUCCUCUUUAUAUUGCUUUUGAGAAAAGACAUAUCAAAACAAUUAAUGUUUUGCUUAACAAUGGCGUAGACACUAGUCUGGCCUGUGGAUGGAAAGUCAAUCCCGCUUUGGUAGAAUGUUUUGAUAAACAUGACAGCAUUGCUGUCUUUUUGCUACAAAAAGACAACAUUUCAAAGUACAUGUAUGACCCAGAUUCGUAUUUUUCUCUUUUUGUAUCAUGUCAGGUUGAAAGAGUGACAAGACUGAUAUUUUAGAGGUAAUCUAAAUGGUUUUAUGAUCAUAUUCUACGUGUAUUUAUAUCAUUUUAUAAACUG